UUUUGGCCAAACCUCUGGUGGAGACACUAGACUCCCCGUUCGGCCAUACAAUAAAUCAAUAAUAAAGGGCUUCAAUUGCAGGUGAUCAGCCCUAAUAAAACGCUGCGUUUCAGGCUCCAAAGAAAGAGAUAGAAAGAAAUCCAUGCCAGAAGAACCAGAUCGAAACCAAGCGUGAAAAUUAAAGAACACUCACUCCUCUCUAUGAUCCACUCUGCAAAUUGGAUCUACCACUUCUGAGGGAAAAACUGUUCAGUUUGAUCUUUUAGCCAGGACGAUGAAUUUUCUGCUGCGCUCUACAACGACGACGCAACAUGCAGUGCCAGAGCAGGAAUCUCCUGCAGCCACGAGCUUUUUACCCAAACAUCCAUCAACCUUGGAAAAUCUUAUCGCUGAGGAUGCGUACACGCGUUACUCAACGGCUAAUUAUCUUGGUGGAGAGAUCGAAAGUGUUGGAGGUGAAAAUGGCGGCAGCAUUGAGGUUUCUUGUGAAAAGAAUGACUCUCCUGUUGUAGAGAACCACACUGAUGUUUCUGAAGAAGAAGGAUGGAUCAUCAUUCCUUAUAAAAAACUCCCAGAUAACUGGUACGAUGCGCCAGAUAGACAUUCAUUCUGCUCACUGGACCGCACCUUUGUUUUCCCUGGUGAACAGUUACAUGUCCUGGCAUGCUUGUCAGCAUGUAAGCAGGAUACAGAAAUCAUUACACCAUUUAAACUUGCUGCUGUUAUGGGUAGAAGUAGAGGACAAAGCCCUGAGAGAAAAAAUGGAAACAAUGAAGACACAAUGAAUUCAGUGGUUGGAUAUACGGAAGUGAGUCCUGAUAGGCAAGUAACAGAUCAGAAUGGUGUAAACUCAGCAGAAGAAAAGAUGGAUUUACAAAAUGAUAUUUCAGCCAGUGAAUCAUUGCUUAAAAUGGAAGAUCACAAAAGACAAACUGAAACUUUGUUGCAAAAAUUCAAGGACUCCCAUUUUUUCGUUAGAAUUGCAGAGUCAGGUGAAUCACUUUGGUCAAAGAAGAGUUCUCCUGAGAUAUCUUCUGAAUUCUUUGAGACAGAUAGUCAAAAGUCUGGUGCAAGUGGAACCAAAAAAGCCACAAAAAGCGCGUCUCGUGCUACUGCAGUUAUUGAUAGAGGAAAUUUUGAUGCCAAUGUCUCUGGUGGAGUGGCAAGAAAUUCAGUGAAGUGCUGCUCUCUCUCUAACGGAGACUUAGUGGUGCUUUUACAGGUGAAUGUUGGUGUUGAUUUCUUGAGAGACCCUGUAAUUGAAAUUCUUCAAUUUGAGAAAUAUAAGGAACGAAACCUGUAUUCUGAGAAUCAGGACAACUUAAUGAAUGCAAAUCCUGAUCCAUGUGCAGAAUUAUUAAAAUGGUUGCUUCCGUUGGAUAACACUGUUCCUCCAGCUCAUUCUUUAUCUCCUCCUAGGAGUUCUGCUACAGGAAUUGGCAGCACUCAACAAAAGUCUGUCUCUUCUGGCUCUCAGCUCUUCUCCCAAUUUAGAAGUUAUUCCAUGUCAUCUCUUCCUCAAAAUACCACACCUCCUCUACCUCUUAAAGUCCAAAGUUCUAAGCCAUCCUUUGAUCUUGAUGAUUGGGAUCAAUCCUCAUCUCAAAAACUGUUUAAGGAUCAGAGAAAUGAAACUAAAGGGCUUUUAUCUUUUCGAGGUGUAUCAGUGGAGCAAGAAAGAUUUUCAGUUCGUUGUGGACUGGAAGGCAUUUAUGUUCCAGGAAGAAGGUGGAGGAGGAAACUUGAAAUAAUUCAACCCAUUGAAAUUCAUUCUUUUUCUGCUGACUGCUGUACAGAUGACCUUCUUUGUGUUCAGAUAAAGAAUAUUUCUCCUGCACAUACACCAGAUAUUGUGGUAUAUAUAGAUGCUAUAACAAUUGUCCUUGAGGAGGCGUCAAAAGGUGGACCAACUUUAUCAUUGCCGAUUGCAUGUAUUGAAGCUGGAAAUGGCCACAGCUUGCCAAAUUUAUCACUCAGGAGGGGUGAAGAACAAUCUUUUAUUCUAAAACCAGCAUAUUCAAUGUGGAUGGAUCGCAAAGCGCAUGGUGAAAGAAGUUCUCGAUCAUCAAGUUUGCAUCUUCCUUCCAAGACUUUUGAAGGAAAGAGGAGUGCUUCAACUGCUGAUCAGUAUGCACUUAUGGUAUCUUGUCGGUGCAAUUAUACUGAGUCAAGAUUGUUUUUCAAGCAACCAACAACGUGGCAACCACGCAUCUCAAGAGAUCUCAUGAUCUCUGUUGCAUCUGAAAUGUCAAGACAACCUUCUGGGCCGAAUGAUAGAUUCACACAGCUUCCUGUCCAGGUCUUAACUCUUCAGGCAUCAAAUUUGACAUCUGAAGACCUGACCUUGACAGUUCUUGCUCCAACCUCAUUUGCUUCUCCUCCGACAGUGGUGUCCUUGAGUUCUACACCAUCAUCACCUUUCAGUCCCUUUGUUGGAUCUUCUGAGUAUGCAGGAAAAGCAAAUGAUGAGCGACAUGGUCAUGCACUGAACAAGCUGAGCUCUGUACCCCUAGUAUCAGAGAACCAGAAACAGAAUGGUGAUGGCGGAGUUACGUCUGUUUUGAUUAACAGGCAGUCCUCUCCUGUAUCGGAUGUCAUACCGAGUACUGGUUUGGGUUGUACACAUCUAUGGUUGCAGAGUAGAGUUCCAUUAGGAUGCAUUCCUUCUCAUUCUACGGCUACAAUCAAGCUUGAGCUGCUUCCACUGACUGAUGGUAUAAUUACACUUGAUACCCUACAGAUUGAUGUUAAGGAGAAAGGUGUAACUUAUAUUCCAGAGCAGUCACUGAAAAUUAAUGCGACUUCCAGCAUCUCGACAGGGAUCCUCUAGGACAUAUGUAUUGGAAGUUGUGUUUCCUAUCACAAUUUUAUACACAAAACACAGGGAAAGAGAUUGGAAGAGCUGUUGUCUAGCAAUUUUAGCGGCAAGGGGUAAAUGAUUUCCUCACAUGGAUUAGCGGGAAUUGUGCCAGUGAUUGGUUAGGAAAUUAAAAUAGCCUGAUAUCAUUGUCAUGUCUUUAUAAAGAACAACAUUUGUUAUAUACCGUUUAGUGGAAAAGAAUAUGCAGGCUUUGUAGAUGAAUCUGUUGGUGUGAGAAGUCACAAUGACUUUGUUGUGUUGUGUGAAUUGUACUCUUUAUACUGCUAAUUUACGGCAGAGAGAGGGUCUGACCCACAUUGAAUUUGGGGGAAGUUGCUAGAAUUUUAAUUCUAUUGUAUUGUGGUUGGAGGAUGUAAUCAUAUUAUUUGUAAAAUUAUUUGCAUUUUGUACUUGUAUAAGACUAUGGUAAUAUCAUAUUUUAUA